UGCCGCCGCCAUUGGCUGGACUCCAGGCAGCUGAUCCUGGCGGCGGGGCCAGGGAGCUUCGAGGAUGGCGGCGUCCGCGGCGCUGAUUCUGCGGGAGAGCCCCAGCAUGAAAAAAGCAGUGUCGCUGAUAAAUGAAAUAGAUAUAGGAAGAUUUCCACGAUUGCUCACCCGAAUUCUUCAAAAACUUCACCUGAAGGCUGAGAAUAGUUUCAGUGAAGAAGAGGAAGAAAAACUUCAAGCUGCAUUUUCUCUGGAGAGACAAGAUCUUCACCUAGUUCUUGAAACAAUAUCUUUUAUUUUAGAACAGGCAGUAUAUUACAACGUGAAGCCAGCAGCUUUGCAGCAGCAGUUAGAGAACAUUCAUCUUAGACAAGACAAAGCAGAAGCAUUUGUCAAUGCUUGGUCUUCUAUGGGUCAAGAAACAAUUGAAAAAUUCAGGCAGAGGAUUCUUGCACCCCACAAGCUGGAGACGGUUGGAUGGCAGCUUAACCUUCAGAUGGCUCACUCUGCCCAAGCAAAACUAAAAUCUCCUCAAGCUGUGUUACAGCUAGGAGUGAGCAAUGAGGAUUCGAAGGUUCCAGUAGCUGUAAUGGAAACUAACCUAGAUGAACAUCGCUACUUACUUUGCAAGCCUGAAGAAAGUUCUUGUGGAAUUCAGUCACAAGGAAUUGUUUGAUUUCUAUAACAAGCUAGAGACCAUACAAGCACAGCUGGAUUCCCUUACAUGAUGUUCUCAAAGACUGGUUUCUCUAUCACACUCCUGCCACCUCGUUGUUUUGCAUUGAAGAUAAACUGCCAGGUUGUGUUUUCUGAAGGAUUCAUUAGCUUUCUUCUUACAAAUUACACAGUUUAUUGCUUCUUAUACAAAUAACAGCCAAGCAAGAUCAUUGUUUUGAGUACUGAAGUUCUAAUAUACAUUCUCCAGUUCUGUGAGCCAACAGCAAGCAAUUGUUAAGAACAUUUUUGUUUUAAGGGGAACAAAAGUGAAUAUCAUACUGUUUUUACUGUCCUAUUUUUGCUUUAUUGCCUGACCUGUGUAUUUUUUACAUACUUGAUGAUACUUUUAUGUAUUAAGAAGGGUCCAUGGAUACAAAGUGUAAUAUGUACCUUAGAACACAGAACUUCUUUACUUACAUUAAUAAAAAUAAGAAAGUAGCCACAUUCAAUUAAAUACAUUAUGGCAUUUGUUUCCUUUAAUAUAAUGAGUGUAUUUUGCUUGGGAAAUAAUAUAGGAAAGAAAUUUUAAAUAGAGCUAGUACUAGUACAUCAGCCAACUCCACUAUGAGCAUCUCUGUGCACUUUAAUUUUUUCUCUGAGUUUAAUGAUUUAAUAACUUCAGGUUUUUGUGUGCUUUUUUUUUGUACUGAAAAUUAAUAAUGAUUCAUUUUAAGGUGUGGGAGACAGAUUCAGAUCAUGAAUAAAAAUAAUUGUAAUGAGUGCUAAAUGAUUAUCCUUAAAAUUUUAAAACAGAAUGUAAAACAAAUUUUAUGUUCUCUUUUUGUAAAUAUGUUAAUUUCAGUCAAGAAGAUUUUUAUGUCUUAGAAUUAGUUGAACUGAAGUGCACAGUAUUUUAUGCUAUGGCUCUAUAUAAAUGUGAGUAUGGUUGCCUGCAGAAAAUAAUACCAGUUGAAUUUUUUAUGAAUGAAAUGUCUGCACUAUAUUAUUUCCAGCGAGAAAGACAGAGAGUGAGGGAGGAAAGAAGAGAAAGGGAGAGGGGAGGGGGGGAGAAAAUGAGAGAGAGAGAACAGAGAGAGACAGAGAGAGAUUCAAAUAUGACUUCACAUGAAAUAAUUUGAUUUCAGAAAUAUCCUAUAGUUAAACAGAACCAUUGGAUUUAAAUCACAUUCUUUAUAUGAGGUAUCUGAGUAAUAUGAAUGUUAAAUGUCUCCCAAAUAAAUGUUCAGUAUAUGGAAUUUAUGCCCUUACUUAUUUAUACGUGUGCUUGUAU